AUGGAUCACUCACUCGAUCCCAUCUCGGUUCAGUCGGAUAUCUUUAUCAACGGUCUCGGACGAGCACUGGCAUGUGUGGCUGACUUCGGGAUGGAAGUUCCACUAUCGGAGUUUUCUUUCUCUUCUUCCAUCAGAGGGACGGUGAGAUGGAUCGGACGAGAGCUUUUCCAAAUUUCCGACGAAUCAAGUAAUUUUGUGGGCUUCCCUAGUACUCAAGGUGAUGUAUGCUCCUUCGGAGGUAUCAUACUUCAAGUGCGUAUUUUAUGUCUCAGUGAUUGUGUCCUCAGCAUUGUCCUGGGUCCUUUCUGA